AUGGAUGAUUGCGACCAUAUCGAGCAGCUGACUCCGCUGGACCUGGCCAUGCCAAACACCUACAUCCGGGUCCUUCUGGUAUUCCCCGGACCCGAGCCCAACUCAACCCUAAACACCCUGCACACUCUCCAAACCGGUCUCGCGCAACUGUCCAAACAAAUCCCCUGGAUAUCCGGACGAAUCUUCCCCACCACUGACGCCUCCGGCCGACCGAUCCUCGAGAUCCGAUCGCACACAGGAGACACCCCAACGCUGGAAGACAAAGGCACCAUCGCAGCAUCCUACGCGACUCUAUCUGCGCAAAACAUGCCACCGGAAGCCAUUCCGGGGUAUGUCUGGCCGCUACCGGCCAUGCCUUUGGGGAAUAUGGAGCCGGGCAUCCCCGUCUUCGCCGCCAGCGUCUUCCGCUUUGUCGACCGCGGCAUAGGGCUAUGCAUCUGCCUGCAUCACCACAGCGUCGACGCCACCGGGUUGGCCGAGGUCGUCCGACUGUGGGCGCAAGCCAGCACCACCACCACCAGAACCACCGGUGGUAACCUCUCCUCCGAACCCAGCACCUCCAAACUCUUCACCCUCAGCCUCCACCACCUCCGCACCCUCCGCACCCUGUGCCAGAAAUACACAUCCCAAGAACCAACCAUCAACACCCUCGUCACCACCCUCCUCUGGACAACAAUCACCCGCGUCCGCGCGCACCGCACCCCAAACCUCCUGACCCAGGAAAGCAAAAGCACCCUCACCACAGCCGUCAACGGCCGCCCCCGCCUCCCCGCUCUCACUCCGGGAUAUAUAGGCAAUCUCGUCCUCUACGCUACCGCAAAGUACCCUGCUCCCGCGCUGGCUACCGCGGAUAUGGACCCCGUGCGCGGACUGGCGGGUAUCUGUGAUUGCAUUACGCACUCCCUGUCUCCGAAAAAGAUUGGGGAGGGAUUUAUCACGGAGGUGUAUGCUCUGGUCCAGGGGGUGGAGGAUUAUCGGGGCUUGUAUCCCGGGUGGGAGGUUUUUGGGGACAGGGAUGUCACGGUGACGAGUUGGGCCGGGGUGGAGGCUUAUGGAGUGCAGUUUGGGGGUUCGUUGGGCGGGGUUGGGUGGGUGAGGAUGCCGGUUGUGGAGGGGGCGGAUGGGGUGGUGGUUGUUUUGCCGAGGAGGAGGCACGGCAUGGAGGAGGGGGUGGAGGUGGUGGUUAUGUUGAGGGAGGAGGAUAUGCUGGCCUUGGAGGAGGAUGAGAUGUGGGGGGUUGUUUGUCGGUUGUAG